AUGAAGACCACAUGGCUCACUAUCCUGUGCUGGACUUACAUCCGGCUGUCCACAUCUUUCCCUGUCGAUGACAGGCCCGCAUUUACACCAUGGGAUCUGGCGAAAAGAGAGAUCGAAGCAGCUAUCUUCUCCAAUCCUCUGGGACCCCAAUUUGGAGUACCUGAUGAGACGUGUCGUGGCACGCUGGAGGGCCCCAACACCGGUAGUUGCUGGAAGAUGGCAGAUGUCACAGUUGAUAAAUUCAUCGCAAACCGAAAGCCCGAGGCCAACGAAUGCGAGGUGCCCUGCCUUUUCUACACCUCGAAACUCACGGGAGCGGCAGAAAGGCUGGCCAAUUUUGUUCUGAAGGAGGUACUUUUGACGGGGGCUGCGGAAGGACCGCGCAAGUACCAAACUAUCUGGGAGCUACAUCCGCCAAAGUUCUAUCCAAACAAGAAUGACCUGGACAAGACUCCCGAGGCCAAGUGCAUCUACCAGGACCAGAGGGAUCAGGACUACGACGCGAACUUCGAUGGUUGCCAACGGCUAUACUUCAAGUCAAUGUCGAAGGCCAUGGCAAUGGAGUGCAAAGGCGAGGUCUUCUUGAUGACCAAUUCAGAUCUGAGCGAAGAGAGAAGCAAGCCCCCCGAGAUUGAGGCGAGGGGGGAGUAUUGGCCUAAUGGAGUUGGCAACGAGCAUUUGCAAAGCUUUCGCAACGAACAAAGUCCGCAAUCGACGCCGAGCCCGCAAUCAACCCCCACUCCCACCCCCGAGGCAGCCAAUCCGGUUGAGACCCCUUCCAGCGGUCUUGUCAGGAGGGCAGAUCGGACAGAUGAAGAAGUUCUUGAACCUGAUGACGAAGGUUAUCCUUAUCAUUACUCCAUCGAUGAGAUCUAUGACUGGUACAAGGAAGCAGCGUGGUAG